AUGGAUUCAAGAAAGCUUCCUAACCCUGUGGUUGAUUGUUAUGGUACUGAUAGCCAAUCUAUAAUGUCUUUGGCUUCAAUAGUGACAAGGGUAGAGGAAAGUUUUACAGAUGAUAAUAAUAAUAAGUUUGUUCGAGCCGAUACAAUUAAUCUUAGAACGUUUGGUGUGGAGUUAGAGAAGAUGAAAUAUAAUGUAUCUUGGUCGAAGGAACUUAAAUUCCACAAGAAAGAAGAGUGGGGGAUCGAAUUGUUUAAAUUGAAAUUAAUACGUGAGAUUGCUAAAGGGACUUAUGGCAUUGUUUACAAAGGUGUCUACGAUGGCCAAGAUGUUGCAGUGAAGAUACUGGAUUGGGGAGAAGGAGGUAUGACCUGCAGAACUGCUUCUCUUAGGGCCUCUUUUCAACAAGAGGUGUCUGUUUGGCAUAAGCUUGACCAUCCUAACGUUACAAAGUUCAUAGGAGCUUCAAUGGGAAUUUCGAAGCUCGAAGUUCCUUCUACCAACUCCCUCAAUGGCUGUCAAGUUUCAUAUAUUUCCAAUGCUUGUUGUGUUCUUGCUGAGUACCUUCCUGGUGGUACACUAAAAAACUAUUUAUUCAAGAAUAGGAGAACAAAACUCGCCUUUAAGAUCGUCAUUCAACUUGCUUUGGAUAUGGCUAGAGGUCUGAGUUACCUUCAUUCAAAAAGUAUCAUACACCGCGAUUUAAAAGCUGAAAAUAUGUUGUUAGACACUCAUAGAAUUCUUAAAAUUGCUGAUUUUGGUGUUGCUCGAGUUGAAGCUCAGAAUCUUAAUGAUAUGACUGGAGAAACUGGUACACUUGGCUACAUGGCACCAGAGGUUAUUGGUGGCAAACCAUACAACAGAAAGUGUGAUGUUUAUAGUUUUGGUAUAUGCUUAUGGGAAAUCUACUGUUGUGAUAUGGCUUAUCCUAAUAUGAAUUUUGCUGAGAUGUCAUCUGCAAUAGUUUUACAGAAUCAGCGACCUAAAAUCCCAAGAUGCUGUCCGAAAUCUUAUGCAAGGAUCAUGAAAAAAUGUUGGGAUGCAAAUCCAGAGAAACGUCCUGACAUGGCUGAUGUAGUUAAGCUACUAGAAGCAAUUGAUACAAGCAAAGGUGGUGGCAUGAUACCUGAAGACCAAGCUCCCGGUUGUUUCUAUUUUGGCACUCCUCGCGGCCCGUGAUUCUUUCUUUCAAUUCUUGUUUAGGAAAAUUAGGUAGUUUAGAGCUAGAAUUGAGGCCUAGUGUUUUUGGAAAAAGGGUCCAUAAUUCUAGAUAUCUUUUCAAGAUUCUUUAUAGUAAUUUGAAAGGUUAGAUGACUGUCUGUAAUAAGUUAUGUUUUUUAGCUCUUUCUUUUUUAGUUUUUAACUAUUAUAAAAAGAAUUUAUUUUAUAGCCUUUGAAAUUUA